GGAGAGAGAACAAUAAAGGCCCAAGGGGGGAAGAGAGGCUGUUGUCAUAAAUCUCUUUUAUUUCCUCUUCCUGUGACCAAAACUCCUGUUUUUGUUUUCCAAAUCCUUCCUUGAAAAGAGGAGUGGAGGUGGAAGACAAAAUCAGAAAUACUUUCCUCUUCUAUAUAAACAAGCAAAGAAAAUCAUAAUCUGAAGAAGAGGAAGAACAAGUGAUAGUAGCACUGCACAUUUUUAUUCAUCUUCUUCUGAGGAGUAAAGGGGGUCUUGUUAAUAAUCUCAUUCUCACUCUUUCUCCCACACUGUUUAGAAAGUGGGGAGUUUGGGGAUGGGAAUGUAUGAACUUAUCAAUCAACAAGACAACAACAUUAAGAAGAACACAGGAAUGGAAGGAGGAGAUCUUAUGAAAACAGAUAGUAAGAAUCAGAAAUAUGUGGAGAUGGAGGAAGGAUUGAAUACUACUGAUAAGGAAUUAUCAGUAAUGUCUUCUUCUACACCACCCAUACAGAUUCUAAAAAAUACAGUAAUCAAUAAUAAUGAUAAUAGUGGUGGUGGUGCUCUGAAAUCGCGGCGCCUUGUUUCUCUUGAUGUAUUUAGAGGACUCACGGUUGCGCUUAUGGUACUUGUAGAUGAUGCGGGUGGUAUCUUUCCUGCAAUUAAUCAUUCGCCAUGGAAUGGUGUUACUCUUGCUGAUUUUGUCAUGCCUUUUUUCUUGUUCAUCGUCGGAGUUGCACUAGGACUCACUUAUAAGAAAGUUCCUUGCAGAGUUGAUGCAACCAAAAAGGCUGUUCUUCGGGCACUUAAACUCUUAAUAUUUGGCCUUGUGCUUCAAGGUGGCUACUUACAUGGCAUCAACAAUCUAACCUAUGGUGUUGAUAUACAACGCAUUAGAUGGACGGGUACCCUACAGAGAAUUGCAAUAGCGUAUUUAUUGACAGCUAUUUGUGAGAUUUGGCUCAAGGGUGAUGAUUUUGUGAAAGCAGAACGAUCCUUGCUUAAGAAGUAUCAGUUCCAGUGGAUAUUUGUACUCGUGCUCACUGUGACAUAUACUGUACUCAUGUAUGGGUUAUAUGUUCCUGAUUGGGAGUAUCAAAGUCCAAGUGAUAACUCUUCUUUCUCUGUGAAAUGUGGAGUUCGUGGAGACACUGGACCUGCUUGUAAUGCCGUUGGAAUGAUUGACCGUAAAUUGUUAGGUAUUCAACACCUAUAUAAGAGACCAACCUAUGCACGGACAACGGAAUGCAGCAUUAAUUCACCAGAUUAUGGCCCACUUCCACCUAAUGCGCCUACUUGGUGUCAAGCUCCAUUUGAUCCUGAAGGAAUCUUAAGUUCUGUGAUGGCAAUUGUUACUUGCAUGAUUGGCCUGCAUUUUGGGCAUAUAAUUGUACACUUCAAUGAUCACAAGGAUAGGAUGAUGUCUUGGAUGGUCCCUGCCGCUGGUCUAGUUGUUGUGGGUUUCAUUCUGGACUUCUGUGGGAUGCAUGUUAACAAAGCCCUCUAUUCUUUGAGCUACACAUGUGUUACCACUGGUGCCGCGGGCAUUCUUUUUGUUGGUAUUUAUGUGAUGGUUGAUGUAUUUGGGUUUAGAAAACCAACUCUAGUUUUCGAAUGGAUGGGGAUGCAUGCCCUGAUGAUCUAUAUCUUUGCAGCCUGCAAUGUUUUGCCAGUCCUUCUACAGGGCUUCUAUUGGAAAAAACCCGAAAACAACAUUUUGAGACUAAUUGGUAUUGGACGAUCAUAGUCGACUUGUGGAGUAUAGGACAGAUGACGGUUGUUUGGCUCAUAUUUCUUGCGACCGUUGGGAAAAGGCAUAUUUCAUCUCUCCCCCGUAACUACCAUAACUUAAUGGAACAACAUUGGCACAUCCGGUCAUUGUCCUACUACUGGGAGGAAAAAGAAACAACAUACAGAAGCCUGAUCCAGGAAUUUUUUGUACAUGUAGAGGCAAUAUUUAUAGAAUUUUUCCUUUACAUAUUUCCCUCCUCUCUGUAUCCUCCACUUGGUGGAAUUCAUUCACCCUCUUUUCUCAAGAGGGUUUGUAUAAAGUUGAAUCUACAAGGAGACUGCCAUAUUUUUCUCGUCAUCAUAGUAUAUAUAGAGAGAAAUUAGUUA